GACGGUUCCCCAAGACUGCAUGUUCUCCUCACAGCUGCUGAGUCGGCAAAACUGAACUCACACACCCACCCAUCUCAUUUACAGUAAAUCCGGUGGGUUGCAGAAAUGGGACCUGAAACUGCCUGAGGGCAGCAGGGUUGGGGGACAGUGAGGGCACGGGAAGGGGUCAUGGGAGGGGACUGCCGUGCCACGGGAGGGGACCGUCAGGGGAAGCCCUUCCCGCCUCUGGGGAAGGGAACUUCCGCUUCGACCCAGGGCAGCAGACCCACGGCUCCUGGUCCCACCGCUGCUCAGCCCAGCGGCAUCACAGGACACCAGCUUCCGAGGAGGCAUCUGACUUGGUAUGAUGAUGAAGAUCCUGUGGGGCAGCAUCCCAGUACUGAUGUCGCUCCUACUCCUGGGCCUGCCUGAUGUCUCCUGGGCCCAGGGCAGCUGCACUGGGCACCCAGCCAUCCCUGGCAUCCCGGGUAUCCCUGGGGUGCCUGGCUCUGACGGCCAACCUGGGACCCCAGGGAUAAAAGGACAGAAAGGGCUUCCAGGGCUGGCUGGAAACCAUGGUGAGUUUGGAGAGAAGGGAGACCCAGGGAUUCCUGGGAAUCCAGGAAAAGUCGGCCCCAAGGGCCCCAUCGGCCCUAAAGGUGGCCCUGGGGCCCCUGGAGCCCCGGGCCCCAAAGGUGAAUCGGGAGACUACAAGGCCACCGAGAAAAUUGCCUUCUCUGCCACAAGAACCAUCAACACCCCGCUGCGCCGGGACCAGACCGUCCGCUUCGACCACGUGAUCACCAACGUGAACAACAACUAUGAGCCCCGCAGCGGCAAGUUCACCUGCAAGGUGUCCGGCCUCUACUACUUCACUUACCACGCCAGCUCUCGAGGAAACCUGUGCUUGAACCUCAUGCGUGGCCGGGAGCGUGCACAGAAGGUGGUCACCUUCUGCGACUACACCUACAACACCUACCAGGUCACCACCGGUGGCCUGGUCCUCAAGCUGGAGCGGGGGGAGAAUGUCUUCCUGCAGGCCACCGACAAGAACUCGCUAGUGGGCUUAGAGGGUGCCAACAGCAUCUUCUCCGGGUUCCUGCUCUUUCCAGAUGUGGAGGCCUGACCUGUGGAGCUGCUUCACACCCCCACGCCCCCCUCCACUCGCCCCACCAGCAACUCGCACCCUAUCCCCAGCCCCACCCCUUGCCCAGCCAAUGCACACAGUAAGGCUUGGUAAAUGUUGCUGAGUGAAUAAAUCAACUCUUCAAGGCCAAGAGACAGUGGUCUAAUUGAACUCUGUGUCCCAGCACCUGGCACACCGUAAGUGCCAGGCUCAGAGUGUUGGUUACAUGAAUGAAUGAACCAUGAAUGAAUGAA